AUGCCGAUUGUGCUCUUUCCAAAGAAGGACAAGCCUCAGUUGGUGCGCGGAUUCUCGCCGAAGGUGGUUCGGCUCAAUGUUCGCAUCAACGAGGACGUUGAGGAGGCCUCACUCGCAAACAUUUCGCGGUCUGGCCUCUUAGCGCUCUCGAAUGAUAUCUCAACGAACAGUCAUGUUACCAAGCUAGACUUCAGGCACGUGUGUUUUGGUCCAGAAGAAGCUUUCAUUUUGGCCAAAGGCUUGUCAACGAAUGCAGUUCUUCUGGACCUCAACCUCCAGCACAACAAUCUGUCGGAUGCUGGCGUGGGGGCCGUUGCAGAAGCCCUGAUUCAGCAGGGUGUGCUCGAAGUCCUCACGCUGGAUGCUAAUGGCAUCGGGGACACGGGCGCCAUAGCGCUUGCUGAGUUCGUGUCCUCCUCUCGCACCUUAAAGGAGCUGAGACUUUUUGACAACCACAUCCUCAAGGAUGGAGGUGCUGCUAUCGGGAGUGCAGUCGAGAAGUGCCCAACGUUGAGACAUUUGGAUCUUGGUUUAAACGAGAUUGGGGAUGCGGGCGCUGUUGCCUUGGCGAAGGCCCUCUGCAGUUACAGCAAGGUGUCCAAGCUCAGCGUUCGCGCCAACGGAAUCACCAGCAUCGGUGGCAAGGCAAUAGCUAAGGCAUUGCGGAAAAACUGCCGACUCCGAUCAUUGGAUAUCCGUGUGAACCGCUUGCGUGACGAUGCAGUCAAGCACCUCUUUGAGGCGCUGCUGCUCAACACACACCUGCAGGAAUUGGACUGCUCAGGAAACAACAUACGAGAUGAUGCCAUGGAGUUCGUCGCAGAGGUUAUCUUGCAGAACAAGUUCAUCACGAAGUUGAGUUUCGAGGACAACUACUUCACAGAUGAGGCGGCGGAGGUGUUCCUGAAGUUGCUACAGAAGGCAGAGCACCUCUCGAUGACCGAGUUUGGAAUCCACAACAACUACAUCUCCGAGAUCAAGCUUCAGCAGAUUGACCUGUUCAUGCGUACUCAUGCCCGAGAGCUCCAGAAGAAGAAGCGCGAAAGUAAGAGGCAGAGGAGCCAGUCAGUCGCACAAGGGGACGAUACAAGAGAGGAGUCAAAGAUCUCUGCAGGGCGCCAGUCAAGCGGCAGCUUAUCCCGAAGCACCUCCAGGAUAUCGGCCCGAGGGUCUCGAGAAGCUUCGAAGGUGUGA